AUGAUUUGGUAUCUUUUGUAUCCUUUGCGAGGAACGACGGAAGCUCCAGCCCUUGCCACGAACCAUCCUCUCCGCCGAGCCUUCGCGCGAUACGGUCGAUAUGCCGCCAGACACGUCGUCACGACUCUCAUCAUCUCCGUCACUGUCGCCGCGAUACUCAUAUACCCUUUUCCGUUUCUCUAUACCUCAGAUCUGAGCAAUGGCGCCUCCAACUUGCCCCAUCAUGUGUGGACUGCUGCGCAGCCGCUCAAGGAAAACAGCACCGAGUCCGACGUAAUAAUGCGCUCCAUUUGGGUUCACGGCAGCUACAUGAAAGCAUUGGACCACGACGUGUUGCUGGGCGCGCUCGAAUUGCAGGAUGAGCUCUUGGGUCCCACCAAAGAUUUCAGCCCGCGGCGGCCCGUAACGUCCCUCCGGGCCCACGAUCCAUAUGCAGAUGCAGAUCUUGCCCCUCAAGACCGGGAUGCAUUCCAUGUCAUUAACGGCCUCACCAACCAGUCUUGGUUCUUCUCCUCGCCACUCCAGUACUGGGCCUGCUCCAAUGAGCGGAUAGCUUCCGACACGGACAUCUUAUCAACUGUAAAUGCGCGGAAGACGCAACCGACCUCAGUAAAUGUGACUCUAAGACAUUCAAUAGUCUUCAGCGGCAAGCGCUUCGAAGAUCGAAGACUUCUGGCCGCCGACGCUCUCGUCAUAACGUUGAUCCACUUGCGUGAUUCCCCAGUCGGUCGCCAGUGGGAGAGAAAGGCCGAAUUGCUCGCAAAUCGCAUGAAAGACAAGUGGACAUCUUACCCAGCUGACGGGAAAAGCAUGAACAGCCAGCUAUACGAGUUCCAGUUCAUGCCCAUUUCCAUGCAAGACACGGUAAUCCUGGCGCUGGCAUAUGGCCUCGUCGCUAUUUACUUUCUCUACAGCCUUUCCAAGUUGCGGGCGGUCAAAUCCAAGUUUGGCCUGAUAGUUACAGUCUUUGUCCAGAUUGUUGUCUCUAUCAUGUCAAGCUUCACUGUUUGCGCCGUUUUCCGGGUAGACUUGUCCGGAAUUCCGCAAGCGGCAUACCCGGUCGUGGUUCUUUCCAUGAGCCUCGAAAACAUUUUUAGACUUAUCAACGCCGUCAUCUUGACUCCCUCGGAGAACAGUACGAGUAGUCGAAUCAGCCGUGCAUUUGGGGAAACGGCACACGUUGCGCUGGCCAGCUCGGCGCAAAACGUGCUCAUUUUAUGGGGGCUAUCGAAAAUCGUCUCACCGGGCGUGUCCGCCUUUUGCACGUUUGUGGCCGUCGCUAUUGUGUUUGACUUUUUUUACUUAUCUACCUUCUUCCUUGCUGUUCUCAGUGUGGACGUGCGACGAACAGAGCUCAGUGACGCGCUUGCCAAGGCAUCGCUGAAGAAUAACAGAUACGCGCAGGACCAGCUGCCAGUGAACAGGAGCUGCUUCGAGGCAAUGCUGCAGGGCAAGAUUGCUUUGUCUACGCGCAUCGCGGGUACCGUUAUCAUGAUCACUUUUGUUCUGAUUGCUCAGUGGCACUUUUUCGAAAAUGACACCUUCGUCCGACUGGCGCGUGGGAUUUUCAGGAUCUCCAGAGACACAGUCAGCUUCAGCCAACCGAAGAACUCAAUGCUACUCGACAUUCACCAGGCACGCAGUCCAACGUCUUGGCUUCGGCUUCAAGACCACGAAAGCGCUCGCGAGGUUAUCAACGUCAUCAAGCCUAGAUCCCACAGUUACAUCGCUCGGGUGUAUGACCCUCUAGUAUUCGUCCUCAAGGGUGCGGAUCGCACACCCGUCACGCCCGAGCGUCCACUACUCCCGGCUCUCUACGACUUCAUCGAUCAUCACCUGAAGCACUUUCUCGUCACCGUGCUUUUCAUUCUGUCCGCCGUCCGUCUUCUCAUGAACUACCUGUUAUGGGGAGAGGAUGCUGAGUCGAGGCGCAACGACGACAUGGGAGACAAACCCCUUUUGGCUAUUGAAUCUCUACCAGAGGCUCACACUCUGGAUGUUUUGCGCAUGACUUCGUCAUACGACGGACAUAUCAUUUCUGUCAGCCUGGACCGCUCAAUCCGUGUUUGGGAUGUCAGGUCGGGCGAAAGAGACUACUCGCUCGCCGACAUCGAGGCACCCCCCGAGGACCCCUUUCCGGUAUUGGCAGUCGCUACAGACAAGAAGUCUAGCUGGUUGGCAUUGUUAUCCUCCAACAAGGUCUUCCUAUGGAACUUGGUUGAGCACCGGUGGAGUCAGCCGAUCCCGGUUGACUUGAAAAAUCCGAGGCCUGAUAAGCCUCCUUAUUUCUUCUUCGGCACGCCGACUUUUGACUUUUCGAGCCCACUCGUGAUCGUACGACGAAACGGAACGAUGAUACAGAUCGUUCCUGGUCAAAAUGAGCCCAUGGAGUUCUCCAUCUGCAAGAGCCCGUUGGUCUCGGUUCGUCCGCUCGUACAGAAGAUCCCACCCAGCGGCACCGCGCAGCUGUCUAUUCUGACGGCGUCAAGAAAAGGAUGUAUACACGUCGCAACACAGCAACGAGACGAUACUUGGAUCUCGCAAAGCCUCGACGUGCAUACAGCCGAUGACCGCGGUGCAUCCCAGGUAGUGUCGUUGUCGGCACUGGGCUCAUUCCUUGUGGCGAGGUCUCACACAGUUGACCUGGUUGAUGCAAAGACGAAGGCGCUGCUUCACACUUUUGAGACAGAUUCAAUUCAAGCGGGGUCCCUGAGAUGCUUUCACUCGUCACGAAGAAAACCUCAAUGCGGUUCGAUUGGGCUUGUGUCAUUCGGCAUCGCGUACACCCAUGCAGAGAAAGGCGACUGCGUGAUUCACACCUUUAUACCAAAGGAAGAAGGCAACGUCAUUUGCUUCCGGAAUACGAGUUCGCCGCCCAGCCGCAGCUGUAGUGCAUGGGCCGAGACCAUUGAGUCGAAGAGGGAAAUUAGUAAUCCGGGGACAUGGGAAGCUCUGCCAAACGGAUUUCUCGUGGGCGUCCGGAGGGAAGUGUACGAUAGCGGGUCAAGCAGCGGAGAGUCGUCUCCGACAACAACCGGUGGUCUCCGUCACAGGAUGUAUCAACGGUCAGAGAAGCGACCGAACAGGUCGCAAGACAACUGGGAGGUCUGGGUAGCUUCAGAACUGGGGCGGGAGCAGAUCUAUGAAACAAGGCCCCUUCAUGAUGAGUACGAGAUGGGCUCGCAUCUCAUCAUCUCAGGACUGGGUCCCAUCGUCAAGGUCGGCACGGCAUCGGUGGCGGUUGCUUUCGGCAAUAUUAUCAAACUUAUCACGGUGGGACACCAGCACUUCGAGGAUCUGGCCGAGAACGAGACGGGGGAGUCUCUGCACAUUGGCAGCCGACGACGGAAACCGGCAGCUGUUACGCAUGCCCGGACGAAAGUCCCGUCAUGGAUUUGA